CUGGGUGCGCACAGUGAGUAUCUGUGGCAUAAAGAAAAACAGUUACUGGACAAUUUUUUGCAUGUUUCUAACUUGCAUUUACACUUCCUGAUAAUUGGUUGAUUUAUUGUAAAAGGCUUAUUGCCUCUUCUGAUAAGAGCUACAAGACAAACAGAAAUUCAUAUAAAUUAACCUCCAGUGUAGACACAGCAGGAAAAUAUAAAGUACCUUGAACUUGGAAUCAGAAGAACCCUGCCAUUCACUAGUUCCUGCAACAACAAGCACCAUCAAGGAUGGAAGCAAACCUCUCCAAUAUUUCUGACAGCAUCACAUCAAAUAAGAGCCUCAUUGAAACCAUUGUAUUUUGGACAACAUUCUCCAUUGGUCUUCCUCUGAUCUGUCUGGCCAUUUAUGCCAUGUACUUCCUGAUCAGAGCUGAUCACAUUGCUCCAGUCUAUGUUAUCAACCUACUUAUUGCAGAUCUCAUUCAGAUUUGCAUGAGGCCAAUCAUACUGUCCAGUAACGGGGGAAUUGUAGUGAUUUUGAUUGAAUUCUUUGGUAUCAGUGCAAGCAUUGGUUUCAUGGUAUGCAUUGCUCUCGAGAGAUACCUUGUGAUUGCAUUUCCUCUCUGGUACCGUUUUCGCCGUAACAUCAAGUACUCGCUCAUAGUGUCCUCCAUUAUCUGGGUGUUUCCUUUUAUCCAAAUCUCCCUGUUUUGCCUCUCACCGACUGUUGAGAUUUCACUUAUUUUGUUUGCAGCUAUCCUCCUCAUCCCCAUCCCACUGCUUGCGUUCUUCCUAGUGGGCACAUUGAAAGCUCUGUCCGUCUCCAUCGCUGUGCCAGCCGUUGAACAGAGACGGAUUAUUGGUACCCUGGCCCUUGUGCUGGGCAAUUACACAGUCCUGUUCCUACCCCUCAUCAUACAAACUCUGAUAUCAGGGGUAACAGCCCAACACAAUGUGGAAAUUGGGACAAUCUUAGAGAGUUUCAGCCCCCUUGUGGAUCCUCUGCUCUAUGUGUUCAUGAGAAAGGGAGCUAAGGACACUCUUCUGGCCUUUCACUGCUUCGACAAGCUGAUGGGUGACCAGGAGCAGAGUCAGGUCACAAACACUAUGACCAUGACUGAUACUGGAGUAGAAGGCUCCAGGUAGGACAGGUCCAGGAUAAUGGACUGUAGCUGUAUGAUUCACUAUGUAUAGUUCCUAUCAAGCAACCAAAUAUGUAUUUUGUUAACAUUAUACCUUGUUUUUGUUGUUGUAGUUAGAAUGUGAAGAGUACAUGCCUUUAUAGUUAACAUACAAUGCAUAACAUACUGUAUUGUACACAGGCCUAUUGUGCAUUGCCCUAUCUUUGAUGGGCUUGUAUUGCAGCUUUUCAGAAAUAUAUGGACUUUCCUUACUUCAAUAAAUUGAUACUGUGGAUAUUUGA